AUGGCAUCUCUUGAAGAAAUAAUCAGAGUACCCGAUCGAUAUAAGACUGUUAAAGUUGUGAAAGUGAAAGUAAAAAGGCGCCAAUCUGUUACUCCAUCGUCCAUUGUUUGCACCCUAGAAGCCCCUGAACAUCCUAAUAUACCUAUCAACUGCCCCGGAUAUGGCAAGGUUUCAAUGCUCUGUCAAGAAGGAAGUAUACUUAAGGCUAAUGAUCCACUCUUUAAAUAUGAGGGAUGCCAGCAUAAUGUCGUGAUGCUUGAUUUAUGCGCAGAAUGUGGUGCGAAUUUGAGAAGAGAUGGAGGUGCUUCUGGAGAGCGUAUAGCUGCUGCUUCAGCAAGUAUACCAAUGGUCCAUAUGAUUCCUGAUUUACAUGUUAGCGAAUCGGUUGCAGCAGAGAUAGCUCUGAAGGAUGAAGAAAAUCUUCUCUCUCAGCGGAAGCUUGCCCUCUUAAUAGAUUUGGAUCAGACGGUCCUUCACACAACUACGUCUCCUAACGCCUUCCGAUACAAUAAUGUACAUCGUUUCAACUUGGCGGGCAGUGAGAUGAUCUAUCACACGCGUUUCCGGCCCCAUCUCACUAAAUUUCUGCGUCGAAUGGUGAAACUCUUCCAGAUGCACAUUUGCACAUUUGGAAAUCGAGCAUAUGCCCACCAAUUGGCCAGCAUUUUGGAUCCCAAACGAAAGUAUUUCUGCCAGCGUAUCCUCUCUCGGGAUGAAUGUUUUAAUCCCAUUACAAAGUCAGCCAAUCUCAAAGCUCUCUUCCCCCGAGGCGUUCAUCUUGUAUGCAUCAUAGACGAUAGGGGGGAUGUCUGGGAUUGGUCACCCAAUCUCAUUCAAGUCCAGCCUUACAGAUUCUUCCCCGAAGUUGGCGACAUUAACGGACCGCCCGGACGUCCACUUUCAAUGAUGUCAAUGCCCGACUUCCGCGCCUUCACUCCCCCCACACCAACCAACACAGAAUCGACUAGUUCUUCAGAUGAAGAGGGUCCUUCUAAGUCGAAAAUAUCGAAACUCCAAGACGGUAUUGACAAAUCGGAAUCCACAAACAAUGAAACACCCGUCCCUAUGACCUCAGCAGAUGGUGAUAGCAUUUCAAAAGCGGAAGAGAAAUCAGAGGCUCUUCAAAAGGCUGAUGAGUCUAAAACUGGAGAACCGGGAGUCGAGCACUCUGAAGGGACUGCAGAGGGUACUGCUGAGUUAGAAUCGAAGGAAAAAGAAACGGCGGGGUCUGCUAGUGAAGUUUCCAAGCAAGAAGAACCAGAAGUUACUGCAACUGGAGAUGAACCUGAACUAUCGGAAUCACAGCCAACUGAUAAGAAUAACAUACCCACCAAACCUCAGAAUGCAACAACAACGGAGAAGGAGCUCAAAAACGAGGAAGUGAGAACAGAUGGGGAGCUUGAAUACCCCCCACGAUGUGUGUCGCCACCCCCGCCACCGUUAAUUGCACCAUCCCAAACUCAGUCAAUUUUUGAGAUGAGUGAAGAGGACCUUGACUCCUAUGAUGUAGAUUAUCUUCUAAGGUUGGAAGAAAUUCUCACAGAAAUUCAUCGACGUUACUACCGGGCCUAUGAUGAGCAUAUGGCUGAGGUUGCAAAAAUGUCGGCUGAAAAUAAGUCUGUGGAGUAUGGAUCCAGGUUGUCUGGUAUACCUCACGUGGCUAACGUUAUAUCCUCGAUUCGAGCCGAGGUGCUGGGGCCGAAUACGCACAUUACAAUGUCUGGUUUGACACCUAGGAAUUAUCCGCCGAGUGAUUCGUUGGCUGGUCGUAUUGCUCUGGGUUUAGGAGCUCGUCUACAUAAUCGUCUCAGGUUGCCUAAAGAUCCGGCUCUAGCCAAGGCUUCCUCCACACGGCACCGUAAUUUCACUACUCAUCUCGUGGCUUGUCGACAGAACACCGAGAAGGUGAUAGCAGCACGAACUUUCCAAGCUCAAUGUCGGACUUCUGCUCCUGAAAUUCCCUUCCAUAUAGUCUCUCCACGUUGGCUCUGGGCAACUUACUUCCGUUGGGAACAUUUGCCAGAAUCUCAAUUCCCUCUUGAUCAAGACUUCAAUGUACAAGCUUUUGAUCCCGACGCGAACCCCAUUAUUUCUAGGCGCUAUCAUCAUCGUCAUCAUAACGAUAGACACCGUCAGCAUCACUACCAUCAACGUAGAAAGAAUUCGAGGCCUCUUCCGUUAAUGGAGGAUGAAGAAACGCGGAUACAGAAGGAGCUGGAAGCAAAGGAGGCUAAUUCGACUGAUCCAACCACUGUUUUUAGUCCAUCGAAACCAGUAUUAACUCCGGACCUGCUCCUCUCAACACUCAAAUCGAUUGAGGAAGAGGAGAAGGAAGAACGUAGAAAGCACCACCGUCACCACCAUCGGCAUCACAGCCAAGACUUCAAUGAAUUCUCUUCGCCCUGCUCCUCACGCAAACGAACCAAGUCUGAGUCCGCCACCACGGCCAUGGUUGAUACAUCGAUUUCCAAAAGACGAUGUCUUCGCAAAUCUGACGGUCAUCUGGACGCGCCUACUGGUGGCUGUCUUUACAUUACCAACUUCUUUAUUACCACCCUAGAAUUCUUUGCUUUAGAUGGAGAUAAUCCAAAAUCCGAAGAAGAGGUGGAAGAAGACGAGAAAGAGAAGAAAAUGAUACCUAAAUCUCCCUCCUUGUCACCUACGUCCAGUUCAGAGAGUGAAGGCGACGACGAAACCCAAGUCCCUGAUGGUGAAGGACCAAGUUCCAGUUCUAUGGAAUUGCCAAUAGAUAUCCCCUCUUCAGAUGAUAGUGACGCAAACAAUAUGUCCAUAAUUUCGGACAGUGAUGAGGAUGCAUUAGCUUCCACGAUAGAUGAAAAUGAAGAUAGCGAUGACAUUUCCGAGGAGGACGGUGAUGGCGAGGAGGAGGAGGAGGAGGAAAAGGAGAUUGAGGAUCUGGAAAAGGAGAUUGAGCAAUACUUACCACCUCCUCGUCCCCUUGAAAUCGCCGACAAUCCACUUCUACAUAUGUCGCCUAUGGCUACAAAGGAGAUGUUGGAUGAAGUGGAGGACGCGAUGAUGGAGGAGGAACUCGAACGUGCCGCCUCAAUUCCACCGGAAAUGCUGUACGAAGGCGAGGCAUCCUCUUCGUCCUCAUCUUCCACCUCACCUUCUCGAGGCAACAAUUUAGACGAAGAUGGGCAACUGGACAGUUUAGGAGGGAGCUGCGGUGAUGAGGAUUCCAACGAAUUUGAUCAGGGUGAUAAAUCUCACAAGCAACUCGAAGAGGAGGCGGAUAGAUUGGAAAUCCAGAUUCAACUUCUCAUUCGUCGAGGUGCUGAAGCCAAUCGAAAGAAGCUAACUGGUCUCCGUCAACGGCUGCGAAGUGUCAGGCUAAUGCUAACCCACCCAGCUAAAUUUCCAGAAGAAAAGAAUCGUCAGGGCUCUCAUCAUCAACGUGAUCAAGAUCUAUCUUCACAAGAAGAAGCCGAUAAUCGGGAAUUCAACACUUGUCCAGAGGGUUAUGAUUAUGUUGACGCCGAAGAGGCCAGGCAGCUUCUUCGUCCAGAGACAGUGAAAGUCGGUAACCGCCGAGAUGAAAGCGAUAAUGACGACUAUUCUGAAGACGAUGGUGGGCUGGCGAACAGGAAUCCUCUAAAGCGCAUGAAGAGCAAGAAAAGCAUUCUGGGAGCUGCUGGUUAUCUGGAAGCGAGUCUCUUUGGCUCUGAGAUCAGCUCCUCUUCAGACGAAAAUGACGGCGAAGACGGUGGGACAUAG